AUGAAAGUAAUGAGUAAUGUUGCAAAUACUAAUAAUAUGAAUCAAUUUGGUCCUUCUUCAUUCACAUCUACAACUACCUCAGCAACAGUUCCAUCAUCAUUAUCAUCAUCAGCACUUGCAACAUCUACAACUGCAGCCUCAGCAACCUCUAAUAGUGUUGCUGGAGUGAAUCCUCAAUUACCCUUCUCACAACAUUCACUCUUCUCUGGAGUGGUUCCUUCAUCGAGUGCAACAUCAGCAAAUUCUCAUUUACAAGCAAAUCAAAUAGGAGUAGUUUCAAAUGUAACACCACUCGAAGAUACUAAUAUGAACUCAAAUAGUGGUUUUGACUUUCUCUCAAUGAAUCCAUUCUCAAAUCCUAACGAUCCCUUUCAAUUGGGAUCUAGUGGUACUCAACCACAAAGUGUCGUCAAUCAAUCCUCUUCUGGAUUAGUUUCUUCUAUGAAUCAAUCUUCCCAAGGAGGGUUUGGUAAUAGAGAAAGAAGACUCUCUUCAAUUUUCGAUAUUGAAAAUUCAAGAGAUUCUUUGGAAGGAGGAAUAGGACUCUUUGGUUCCAAUAAUGUUUUUAAUGCAACCAAUAAGGAAGAUAGUUGCUUCUCUUUUGGUGAACAUACUCUAAGCGAUAAGAAGAAUGAUAUUGGAGAGUAUGAUAAUUCCUUGUUCAGUUUUAUGGAACAGAGAAGAUAUUCUAAAGUAGCCGAAACUAAUACAACCGUUCCUCUCAAUGCAGGAAGUGCUCUAAUUCCACAAAAAACUGAUCAGUUUCCACUUCCUCCACUAUCAUCUCCUCUUCUAGGUACUGUAAAUAAUGAAAAUGAAUUCAAGUUUCCAUCAAGAGAUUUACUAGACGAAUCUUCCAAAUUAUCUUUCGCCUCCACUGGCAAAUCUCUAACCUGCACUUCAUCCACUAGUCAACCUCAACAAAGAAACCUCUCCUUCAACGAAUUGUACAAUAAUCCAUUCAAUUAUGAUGCAUUAAAUUCUAACAACCAAACAACCAUGCAAAAACUUCUCAACAUGCAACAAAUAAUUCUCAAUAAUCAAGAAAGAAUUCAACAAAAUUCAUACGUUGAUCCAAGUUUGAUGAAACAAGCACAACAGCAACAACAACCAACUGAUCAACAAUUGGUUUGGAACUCUAUUAUGAAUGCUCAGAGAACAAAUGAAAGAUUUCUUGCUGAGAAUAUAUUUAAUGCUCAAUUUAAUCAAAAUGCUUUUCUUAAUAAGGAGAAUCCACUUUUAGAGAAACAUGUUCCACUAAAUACCAUUGCUGUUCAAUCACAUUCACUAAACAAUACUCCAAGAUCUAAUGAUAGUUGCAAUAUUGGUUUUAUGAGUCAUCAUCCUAGUUAUCAAUUUGGUUCAAAUAGCCAAAAGUCAAUUGACAAUCAAAAGUCAAAUCAACCUAGUCAACCAGCAGUUACUAAUUCACCAUCCAACUCAAAGAAUAGAAAAAAGAGAAAGGCGAAAGAAGGCACACCUGAAAAGAAGAAAAAGAUCAAAUCUCAAGGUCAUUCCUCAGAAUCUCAACUCUCCAAUCAAGAAAUUAUUCUUGCCAGUUCAUCACAAUUCGACUUUGAUGAGAAAUCUCAACCCACUAAAAUUCUACCAGAAGAUAGCAAUGCAGCACUAUUAGAUGAUGAUUCCAAUGAUUCAUCUGAUUCCAAUCAAAAGAAAUUCUGCUUUAGAAAUCUCAUUGUUGAAAAAUCAUCAAAAAAGAUGAAAUUUGUCAACUCUGACAUUAAGGAAGAAGGAGUCAACCAAGGAGCUUGGUCAGAAAGAGAACACCAAGCAUUCCUCAGAGGUUUAAAGGACUUGGGUUAUGGUAAAUGGAGAGAAAUCGCUGACAGAUAUGUCAAAACCAGAACUAGAAUUCAAGUUGCCUCUCACAGUCAAAAGUAUCAUCAAAGAUUAGAAAGACAUGCAAAGAAAAAGAAGAAAUUGCAAAAGAAUACCACCACCAAUAAUCAAACUGAACCACAGGAAGAUGAUAUGAUUCUUCAACAUGAUACCAUUCACUCUGAUGAAUAA